CAGACAGCAAGUGGGGUCCUUGGAACCACUGGAGCCUGUGCUCCAAGACCUGCGACACCGGCUGGCAGCGGCGCUUCCGCAUGUGCGAGGGCACCGGAGUGCAGGGCUACCCCUGCGAGGGCACCGGCGAGGAGGUCAAGACCUGCAACGAGAAGAAGUGCCCAGCCUACCACGAGAUGUGCAAGGAUGAGUACGGGAUGAUGAUGACCUGGAAGAAAACGGCUGCGGGGGAGAUCAUCUACAACAAAUGUCCCCCCAACGCCACAGGGUCCGCCAGCCGCCGGUGCCUGCUGAGCCCCCAUGGGGUGGCCUAUUGGGGUGUGCCCAGCUUCGCCCGCUGCAUCUCCCACGAGUACCGAUACUUGCAUCUCUCA